AUGUUGUUCCUCGGAUCAAACUACAGACUCCUUCCAACACCUCUCGAGCCAUCAGUUGCUCAACCGAUCGCAGUCAAGUCAAUUAUCCAACGGAAUCUCUAUCGGCACGCAAAGGUCGAGCUAGGCAUAUACCUUCUGUUGGACUCCGAACCAGCAGAGAGCAAUGACAAUCUAUCUUCCCUAUCCUCUACUGGACACCAAUCUUCUUCCUCAACUGAAGAUUAUUGGAACGAUUGCUCAGAAACUUCGAUCUCAUUUGAUGAAUUCAUUCCCGCUCACCUUUACACCCCUCGGCGGUUGCCCAUAACUCAAUUGAUCAAAAACUGGUGGCGGUACCGUUAA